AUGGCCAAAGAUUCUGAUGAACAAGUCAAGAUCGCUCUAUCUAAAAAGGACGAUAAAUUUUUUCUCCAAUACCUCGAGCCCGAGCACCAAAUCCGCGCUCUGAGAAGGACCCAUUUUACGAAAAUAAACGAACGGUGCCAAGAAUUGCCGUACAGCUGCUCUCUUUCUGACUCCGGCGAUGGUGGUAUCGUUCUGACUGGAUUUCCGAGCUUCUAUAUCGAGCGAAACGAAACGAAUGGACACUAUCAGAUCAAGUGCGAGUCUCUUGCGGCUUGGGAUCUCAUCCAUCUACUGAAUCUCCCGCAAAUGGAGGUUCUCGAUACACAAAUCUUGCCGGAUUUCAAAAUCAUCUCUUGCGACCCAAUAUUUAACUUCGAUCUUUGGUAUAAGUCGGUGACACAAGUUCUUCCAGCACAGACCUCUUCAAGUUUCGUGGUACAGCCCGUGGUACAGCCCUUGGUAGAUCCCAUGGCUUCGCCUCUUCAACUCAAGCGACGCGGCAAUCGAUGGAGGAGACUUUGGGGUUAA